AUGAAGACUUUCAUGACUAUGAUAAUGAAUCAAAUGAGCAAGUUGCAAACCAAAGUGGAAAGUAUUUGGACUCAACAACAAAGUGGAGGAGUCCAAGGUUCAAACCAAGCCUCCUCUUCUAGUGGUAAGCUACCAGCUAACACCGAAAAUCCAAGAAAUCAUGUGAAUGCUAUCACCACUAGGAGUGGGAAGGCUUUGAAGGAUCCACCAUACCCAACCAAUGACAAAGAGCUUGAGAAAGAGAAUGAGAAAAAUGAGAGUGAACAAGAGAAAGAAGAAGUGGAAAUACAAGACAUUCUUGAAAGUGACAAUGAGGAGGAGCCUCUCAUUCAAAGAGACAAAGCAAAAGGGAAGGCUCCUAUGCAAGUUGAAAGCAAUGAGAACAAGAAGGGUGCACCAAAGGGCAAGCAAACACAUGAUUCGGUUAUACCAUGUAACCUCCUACCAUUUCCACAAAGGUUGCGGAAGUCAAAAGAUACCGAGAGAGUGAACAAAUUCAAGAUGAUGUUGGACAAGCUUGAGAUAUCUAUGCCCUUUGUUGAUGCAGUUACUCAAAUUCCUUCUUACAAAAAAUUCUUGAAGGACAUUUUGAGUAACAAGAAGAAGUUGGAAAAGAGUGCGGUGGUUGAUAUGAGUGAAGGAGCUUUGAUAUGUGCUGUUCUCCAAAAACAUUUGCCACCGAAGUUAAAAGAUCCCGGGAGCUUUACUAUUCCAUGCAUUGUGGGAGAAUUUGUGGUAGGCCGUGCCUUAUGUGAUCUUGGAGCUAGUGUGAGCAUCCUGCCGUAUUCCCUUUGCAAGAGGUUCAACCUCGGUGAACCUAAGCCUACUACAAUGACUCUCCAAAUGGCGGACUGUUCAAUCAAGCGCCCGAUUGGAGUGCUAGAGGAUAUCCCGGUCAUGAUUGACCAAUAUUUCAUUCCGGGAGACUUCGUGAUUCUAGACAUUGAGGAGGAUACCAAGGUCCCCAUUAUCCUUUGUAGGCCUUUCUUAGCCACCGCCGGAGCCAUCAUAGAUGUGAAGAGAGGCAAGCUCGUGAUGGAAGUGGCCGAGCAUAAAAUUGAGUUCGAUAUAUUCAAAAUGACCAAACACCAACCUUCCUACGUGGAUGAAUGCAAUGUGGUGGAAAUGAUAGAAAGGUGCGUUGAUGAAGCAAGGAUGGCCCAAUGGGAGGAAAUGGGAGAGCUAUACAUUGAGGAGGAGGAAAUUGAAGAACCAUGCACCUUGGAGGAUGAAGUGGAGGAGCUAUAUGCCACAUGUGAUCCAAUUGGGGAGGAGCCACCCCCCAAGGUAGAACUAAAGCCCUUGCCUCCAAACCUUCGAUAUGAAUUUCUUGACUCUAACUUUUCAUUUCCCGUGAUAGUUAAUGCUUCUUUGAAAAAUGAUGAAAUAAAGAAAUUGCUUGAUGUGCUAAAAAGACAUAGGAGGGUGAUUGGGUAUGAGAUUGGGGAUCUAAUUGGCAUUGACCAGAAGUAUUGUUUGCAUAGAAUUUACCUUAAGGACGAUGCCAAGCCCACCGUGGAGCCUCUUAGGAGGUUGAACCCCAAUCUCAAAGAUGUGGUCAAAAAGGAAAUAAUGAAAUUGCUUGAAGCCGACGUCAUCUACCCUAUUUCGGAUAGCAAAUGGGUUAGUCCCAUCCAUGUUGUAUCGAAAAAGGGCGGAAUGACGGUCAUUGAAAAUGAAAAUAAUGAAUUGAUCCCUACUAGACUUGUUACCGGGCACCGGAUGUGCAUUGAUUAUAGAAAGCUUAACAAGUCUACUAGGAAGGACCACUACCCUCUCUCCUUCAUUGACCAAUUGCUUGAAAGAAUGUCUUGCAACAAAUAUUUUUGCUUCCUAGAUGGUUUUUCAGGGUAUUUCUAG